AUGACCACACCAAGUCGUAGACGUUUGAUGAGAGAUUUCAAGAAACUUCAGUACGAAAAACUCAUCGAUUUCUUACAGGAAGACCCACCAGCCGGAGUAUCUGGUGCCCCGACAGAAGACAACAUUCUCGCGUGGGAAGCCAUAAUAUUCGGACCCCAGGAGACGCCAUUCGAAGACGGAACAUUCAAAUUAUCAUUGGAAUUCUCAGAAGAAUAUCCAAAUAAGCCUCCAAUCGUCAAAUUCAUUUCGAAAAUGUUCCAUCCGAAUGUCUACGCCGACGGAUCGAUUUGUCUCGAUAUUCUUCAGAAUCGAUGGUCUCCAACGUAUGACGUCGCCGCGAUUCUCACGUCGAUUCAGUCGCUUCUCGACGAACCGAAUCCCAAUUCACCGGCUAACUCGUUGGCUGCACAACUCUAUCAAGAGAAUCGUAGAGAGUAUGAGAAGAGGGUUCAGCAGAUUGUUGAACAGUCAUGGUUGAAUUUCGGUGAGAACGAAGGCGACGCAGUGAUGAAAGACGACAUUGACGUCGAAGAGAUCAGUCAGGGAGCCGGCGGUGGAGGAGGAGAUGAUGCCGACGAUCGAAUGGACGAAGGGGCCAGCGGAUCGAAUGCUUAA